CAAUCUGAAAGUAAAAAUCGACUUUCUCUUUUGACUAGCAACCAACAGUCAUGUAUUGUUAUCUUUACAGUAAUUUAGAAAUAUAAUCAAAAUUUAGGCCAAUGCAAUGUAUGAAAAAUCGACAGCACCCAAUGUUGUUAAACAUAUCUGUGACGGCUUACACAUUCCUUUCAAAUUUUGUCAACUCUUAUCUGCUGACCGAGCUGUCUGCAUCGUGAAUGAUGACUGGGUGAAAAACUUGUACAGGGGUCAGCUUUCCCCUUCAUCUAGCACAGAUCUUGAUUCAUGUGAGGCAGAACGCUAUCUGUCACGCUCAUGUGACAAGAUCCCUCCACCAUGGGUUCGCAUAACUGUCAAAGCAAUUGUCAAGUCAGAUGAAUUGUAUGAGAGCCUUCCUGGUGCCUACCUCCAUAAACAGUGGUCCUGUGGGAGUCUGUAUGAGUUCAUGUCACACAUAUCUAAAGAAAAUACAACUAAUUUAUGGCUGCAAGCGCAGAGCACAUUAAAAGAGGGAAGCGGCAUCUCAUCUCUUAAGUCUGAAAGCUUAACUUACACAGCCUUAGUACGGCAGCUGGUUAGGAGACUGAACCCAACAGUGUACCUGGGCCUUGAGCCAGAUGAGAAUAUCCUACCACACCAGCCUAGACGCAGCUCACACAGCAGCAGUAGCACAACAGACCACGGCAGUUUCAGGACAGGUGGCAGCGGCUCCGGCAGCUUCUACAACACAUCUGACACCCAGGUGUGUCAUGGCAUUGUUGCCAUUGACGCCGUGGUGGAAACUGACAGUCAUUUCUUCCUAGUCCAGCCAUACUACCUGUACACGCUGCGUGAUUCAGUGACCUUCAGUCCUGCCAUUUUAGAGGGCAGUCAUGCAAAACCACUCUUUAUUGUUUAUCAACUCCUGCAAGCUAUGCAUGCCCUACACAACCAUGGGCUCCGUAUGGGAGAUAUACGUGUGUGUGAUGUUGUUAUGGACAAAAAUAUGUGGCUCCGUGUUACCAGUCCCAGACUGAGCAUUCUUAAACCCAGUGGUGAAAACAUGUCCAGCAACUGCUCUGAAUCUGGUUCCCUUUAUUUAACUGCUAAUUCUCCAGAUGUGGAGCAGAAAAAAAACUUUUUUCCUCUGUUGAAAGACCUGACAGCAUCUGCAACUCCUCAGCAACCUGGCGGCUCCCAUGAAAAAUUGUUUGAAUCUGCCUGCGACUUCAUGGAAUCUUAUGAGCUUCAACAUUAUGAAAUCACCAUGCUGGAUGCUAUCGUUGAUUCCUGGGUACAUCGGCAGAUAAACAACUUCCAGUACUUGAUGAUACUCAACCAUUUGGCCGGCAGGAGAAUGAAUGACCCCAACAACCACCCCGUUCUGCCCUGGGUUCUAGACUUCACAGCACCAGACUCUGGCUACAGAGAUCUGACCAAGUCCAAAUUCAGGUUAAAUAAAGGUGAUGGUCAGCUUGAUUUCACCUACUCUGGCAUGCUGGAGAUCUCAGAAACAGGUGAUCACGUACCCCAUCAUGUCUCAGAUGUUUUAUCAGACAUCACGUACUACGUAUACAAAGCGAGACGCACACCUAAAGCCAUAUUAUGUGCACACGUAAGAUCUAACUGGGUCCCCCAUGAGUAUCCAAUCAGCAUGCAGCGUUUAAUGGACUGGACACCAGAUGAAUGCAUUCCAGAAUUUUUCAUCGACCCCAUCAUAUUUAACUCUAUUCAUGAAGAUCUCCCUGACCUUGAGAUCCCACCUUGGAGCAAAAAUGCAUUAGACUUUGUUGUGCGCCACCUGGCUGCCCUAGAGAGCGACCACGUCUCAAGCAAUCUUCACCACUGGAUUGACCUGACGUUUGGUUACAAGCUGAGUGGCCCAGCUGCUGUUAAAGCCAAAAAUGUCCAUCUUCACAUGGUAGACCAGCACACUAACCUCAAGCGCUAUGGGGCCACACAGCUGUUCCAACAGCCACACCCACAGAGGGAACUCAAACCAACCAGCACUUCCAACCUAUUGCCUCAAAUAACACGGGGUUUGUUGAACUCACAGCUUCUAACCUAUGGGAUACCUGAAGUAGAAAAAGAUGUCAAUGAAAGCCAUGAUGGAGUCUCAGAGGCAGGGAGGAUAAAUCAGGCAACCAUUCACCUACCCAGGAACUAUAACCCAGUGGCAGAAAUAGAGAAAUGUGAAGUUCUCCAGGAAUUUAAGACCAAAUCUUUACAUACAAGAGGAGCUAAAUCCUAUGGAAAUAAACUUUCUCCAGCCCCCAAAUACCAGGAUGAAGGGGUCACUGAGGACAUGGUGACCUUGCUGUGUCUCACCUGUGAAUUAUUUCUAGACUCAAAGCUGCGCAUGCAGAACACCUGUCAACCUUUAUGGAAACGAGUGAAGACAAUUAAAAGAAUUUGUUCGCCAGAUUUUUCAGAAGUCCAAAGGCCCCUGCAGAAGUUUGUCUGGGACAUGUUCAACAGCCUGGACAUCACCCCGGAGAAGAAAUUUGUUUUCCACGCCAUAUUCCCUGACGGCAGCCCUCCCCCCACCCCAGGUUUCCUCAUCCAGCCUUACUCUGAUCUCAUCCCAUUCCCCCCCUACUUCAGUGAGCUGUACACUUGCCUGAGUAAACUGGAAGAGAAAAUGAAAGAGAUUGAAGAUCUCAGGAAGAGCAGGAAGCCACUGGUGGAGAGGGCUCACCUCAUCAAACAGCUGGAGAGAGAGAAAGUGCCAAUUUUAGAGGCUUUUCUGUGGAGACAUCAGGGUUACCUAGGGUCAGAGGGCAUGGGCCUAGUCCUGCCGUACAUCCAGGACCUGCUGCAGAAUGAGUACACGACAGUCCAGACGGCCUGGUCUCUGUUUGAUAUUGCCACACGUGAGCUGGGACCUGGUGACUCCACCAAACAGUUUCUCACCUCAUUGACAGCCCUGUAUGCUGGCGACAUUUCAUCAGCAAAACACAUCAAGCUCUACCACAGGUCAUUCUUGAUCCAACUUAUUAUACGACUGGGCUUAAAAACUUUCCUCAUGUACUUCUCCACUCUCCUGGUUGAGGCAGUUGCUGGGUACAAAGAUUUUUUGAUGACCAGCCGCUUCUACCCAGAGGAACUUCUGGAGGAACUCAACCAAAAUGACAUCCUGACUUCAACAAGGGACAGCACUCAACAGAUGACGGAGGAGGAGUACAGGCCAGGUCACAUCAGGGAUCUGGUGGAAGGUGUCAUUGAGGAGGACCCGGAGGCAGAGUGUGCCAGAGACGAGGAGGUGAGUCAGGCCAGCAGGGAGCCCAUGUUUUUCUCCACCCUGGACAGCCUGACACUGGACGCUGGCCUGCUGAAGUCAGCUGAUGCUGGGGACAGGGACUCUCUCAGCAGUGAGACCAGUGAGGACAGGCUGAUACUUGCUCACAUGAUCAGAGCCCAGGAAUGUGCUGGGGGCGAGCCUUACGCCAGCCCUGACCAGCAUUCCAUUCACAGCAUUUCACUCAUCAUGCCGCGGCACAGGGAAGACUCCCCUAACAUUCUGGAUGACCUUGAACCAUUUGGGGAUUAUGACGAGUGUGACACUGCAGUUUUUGACCAAGACUCUCCUCUGUCCAAAGUUUCCUCCAAAACUAUUGACCAGAGGAUCAGGACAUCCAGUGGCAGAAGUUUGGAAUCUGAUAUUCCCUCAGAGCCUGGAACUAAAAAUGUGGCCUUGGAUUCAUCAGAUGCUAAAAAUGUGAGUGAAUUUGUUGCUCAGAAAAAUGGGGACUCAUCAAGAACUGACGCCAAUAGAUGGCGCCUUUCAGAGAAAAUAGAUGAGAACAACUCAUCUGAAGAUCUUGUUGAUUCCAAGAAAAAUGUGAAGAACCCACAGGCAGCCAGGGAAAGGUCGACCUCUGACAUGGUGCGCAGUGAGACAGAAGACCUAAUGCUGCACCUGUCAUCUGACAGCUCUGGGAGUGUCAUCAACAUCCGUGACAUCGCAGCGGAUUCUGUCAAGUGGCUGUGUCACAAGCUAGGGCCAGUGCUGGCCACCAAGUUUUUAUCCAGGAAUUUGGUGCGCAUGUUGGCCCUGUGUUACCUCGGCCAGGAUCAGCUGCAGUUUGUGGAAAGUUCUGGUGCCAGUGUGACCAAGACUUCACGUCUGGUGGCAGGUGAUUCAAAUGCCCAUAAGGUGCUAGAGUGUAUUGGGUUUUCAGUGGUGCUCUAUGGUGAGCAGGUCAUUCUCAUACAGUGUCUGCCUAACAUCAUGGACAUGAUAACAAUAGCCAGCAAAAGGUUGUCCCCCAGAGCUGAGGGUGGUUUGAUAGCAGCAGUGGUGCUGCUGGCUUUCUUGAUUCCAUAUCUCUCUGACUGUAACCUCAUGAAUCUCCUGGAGGACAAUAUUUUGAAUAACUGCAUUGGACCAGUUAUUUCAAUGAUUACCUCUCCUAACACAUGCUUUCCAAGUGGGGCUCUGUCAAGGUUUAUUCUGUGUCAUAAAUUGGUGGAUCUCAUGUAUAUUUUGGGGCUUCGUCUGGGAUUUGAGUUGACCAGAAAGUAUCUGACCGCCAGCAUGGUGUGUUUGUUUGACACAUUUAGCAGAGUCCAUGGGGAGUCUUAUGUCCCCCCAGAUGGUCUGUCUACAGAAUCAGUGCCAGAUGAAAACAGCUUUGGUUCAGAUGAAUCCUACCUUACAAUCAAACUGGAUCUGUUAACCCAGCAGUAUAAAAUUGGCUCUCCAGUCAGUCUCAAAAACAUCCGGUCUCCACCCAAACGUGUUCUAAGCAAGAUGCACAGUCUCAGCUCUCUGGGAAUCAUGGAUGACAAAGAUGAUUUUGUAGAUGCCAAAUCUCCAUCAACAACAAUUGAGAAAUGUGCACAAGAAUUAAAAUGUGUAUUUUCUCCAGAACUUGCUCAGGCUUGUUAUAUUCCAUUUUGUCGGAUAUUUGGCAGUAUUCACAUGGAAGAAAAUCUUCACAAUGAGGACUUAAUCCGUCAGUUGUGUGCUCAACAUGACAGUCAAGCAGAUUUAUCCACCCCUAGGUCACCUUAUGAAAAUGGAACCAAACCCCCAGAGCCUCAUUUUGAUGAUGACCUGUUGACCCCCACUGACGAAAACCUGGCAUAUGGCAACAUAGGCAGCAAUGUGGCUGUGGUGGGCAAUAGAAUCCAACUGAAUGAGUCCAAUGUGGCAACAACUCCUCACCCAGAAGUUGGCCAGUUUGGCCGUGGAUACAAACACUCUGGUAUCCUGGCUAUCCGUUUGGAUGACUUGAGAUUGCCUGAAAUGGAUCAAAACAAAACAAGACAUCUAAGAGGGAACUGGCUGGCCUACUGGGAGAGAGAGUUGGGUCUGCAUGAGCGUGACACAAUGUUCAAUUUUAUGCAAAUAGAGUUGCAAACCUACACAGGCCACACCAGCAGCAUCAGGUCCCUGUACACAAUGGACACAGAGAACUGUUUUAUAUCAGCCAGCAAGGACAAAACUGUCAGGCUCUGGUCCAUCACAAGUGGAGGGGAUGGCAUGAAAAAACAAACUUGCCAGUUUUGCUACAAUCACCACAAGAAAUCUGUCUUCUCUGUGGCCUAUGUGGAGAGCAUGCGUCUGGUAGCUUCCUGUGACAGCACAGUACAUGUUUGGGACCCUUACACUGGCCUAGCACUCAAUCAACUCGAGUCCCCCAAAUAUGCCCCAGUUGUAGCACUUACAGCCCUACCUGCUCCAUCUACUUUAGUUGCCAUGGCAACAACAGAAGCUACUCUCAAGUUUUUAGACAUGCGUACAUCAAAGUACACUCAUGAGUUCAACUGUUCUGUGGGGAAUACAGGUUUGAUUCGUUGUCUGGUUGUGAGCCCAGAGAGUAAAUGGAUUGCUGUUGGUUUCUCCUCUGGUCUCAUCUACAUCCUGGACGUCAACAGCGGCAUUUUGCUGCACUACUGGAAGGCUCACGAUGGGGAGAUCCUUCAGCUGAUGGCGUACAACAAGUCCAGACUUCUCUCCUCGGCCUUUGACCAGACCAUCAAGCUCUGGAAUGUGGACACUGGCCAGGAGGUGUCUGGCACCAAGGCCCAGUCUGAGCCAGUCCAUUGCCUGUCCCUGUACAGGGACCAGCUGCUCUGUGCUACCACUGCCAACAAGGUCUCAGUCUAUGCUUCAAUUACUGAUAAUAUUCCAUUCUCUACAUCCAAGUUGAGACCAGCCAGCUUUAAAGGUGUCCUUACACACAUGUCCGUGCUGCCACUCAAUAAAGCUUUACUGCUAGGAUCAGACAAUGGAAUCAUCCGUCUCAUGGCGUAAUGUCAGGCAUCAUCCGUCUCAUGGCAUAAUGUCAGGCAUCAUCGGUCUCAUGGCAUAAUGUCAGGCAUCAUCAGUCUCAUGGAAUAAUGUCAGGCAUCAUCAGUCUCAUGGAAUAAUGUCAGGCAUCAUCCAUCUCAUGGCAACUCAGGCUAUGACAAUGUCAU